UCUGUCGUACGUAGUAAAUUUUAGUCCAAUUAUCUUGAGUUAGGACAUUAUAAUAGGUUAGUCCUAAUUGCAUUUUCAUUUGAUAAUGCUCUUGUUAUGCAUAGUAAUUUCGUGCAGGUUGCUCGGAUUUAAGAAUUAGUUUAUGGUAACAGUUGAAGAAGCGGUAACGAAUAGUACACAGAAGAGGAAGCUGGACCUGAACGAAUGUAGAGUAAGACUUCAUGAGGAUAUCAGAGAACUGAUCAGGAUUACGAAGUUCGAUGAAUUAGUGGAAGUGGGAAGUAGAUUACUAGUUGGAUUUCAGCAAGGACUCGAGUAUCUUCGGCGUCAACCAAUUGAAAAGAAUUCUGAAUUGGUCGAGCGUAUCAUUAGAGAUAAUGAAAGCACGAGGCUUUCCUCCUAUAUAGAAGCUGGAUGUAGGAACGCUCAUGAUUCGGUACACAAUAUGUCCAAGUUACAUACAAGCCACCUUGGACUUCAGAAUCACGUAAAUGAAGCAAAGGUUGUAGUUGAUGAACUUGCAUGUCUUUUAAAGGAAGCGGAAGCUGUAGUGCAAUCGAUAAAUUGCAGUUUGGCUCAAGUGGGGGAACUAAAUGUUGACAACAAUACAAACCCAUUAGAAACCUGUCAUGAUGAAGCAGAAGCGUCUUCUGUUGAUCCUCUGGAACAUGAAAUCACUGAUAUUGCAAUAAUGAUGGCAGUGGUAUACUCUAUGGUAAAAAGUGACUACACAAUGCAGGAAAAGAUUGUUUCUUCCCUUAACCUCACUUCACCUUCCGGAGAACUAGAGAGCUACUCCAGCAUGUGGUCGUUGCGCCCCUACAUAGACGAUGAAAUCAUGCACAAAGCUUGGAAGCUUGUGCGUUAACUCGUUCUCUCUUUACUGUUUCUUGUUGGUGAAAGAUCAUCAAAUAUCUUUAUCUGUAGAUUGCCAUUUGCGAUACGGAAAAGGGACAGAAGAAAGGGGAAAAGUACUGGAAAAUAUAUGAGUUUGGGAAGGUGAAGAAGAUGAUGAUAUUGUAGAUUAGUAGUAUUUAUUAUUUGUUCAAAUUAUAUGAUUGUUAAGUUCUGCUAUGACAUUGAAUCAAGUGGAUGUACACAUUUGUUUCUUUCUUUUAGAAUUUAUACUUAAUUUUUUUGCUUUCACUUUCAAA